CUCAUUAUUUUGCAGGUUUGGCAAGAGUUCUGGAUUACUGGAGACUGUGAUGGACGAGGUGACCCUGUGUCAAACCCAAAUGGCCCACUUGACCAUGAAUUGUUCUUGCUUUGUGCAAGGGAUACCAUUAAGCUUUUGAGGAACCAUCCUAGUCUUGCCUUGUGGGUUGGGGGAAAUGAACAAGUUCCACCACCUGACAUCAAUGCUGCUUUGAAGAAUGAUCUACAACUCCAUCCAUAUUUUAUGAAGUCAAACGACAGUGACACCUCGGCAAUUACUCCCGUUUUGAAGGACCCAAGUCAAUAUCUAGAUGGUACUAGAGUUUAUAUUCAGGGGUCUAUGUGGGAUGGGUUCGCAGAUGGAAAAGGGGACUUCACUGAUGGUCCUUAUGAAAUUCAGAACCCUGAGGACUUCUUCAAGCAUGACUACUACAAAUAUGGCUUUAACCCAGAGGUCGGUAACGUGGGGAUGCCAGUAGCAGCUACUAUUAGAGCAACUAUGCCUCCCGAAGGAUGGCAAAUUCCUUUGUUCAAAAAAUUAUCAAAUGGCUACAUUGAAGAAGUCCCUAAUCCCAUAUGGAAUUACCAUAAAUACAUUCCAUAUUCCAAACCAGGAAAGGUUCAUGACCAGAUAUUAUCAUACGGGACGCCGAAAGAUCUGGAUGAUUUUUGUCUCAAGGCACAGCUUGUUAACUAUGUUCAGUACAGAGCUCUUUUAGAAGGCUGGACUUCCCAAAUGUGGAGCAAAUAUACAGGUGUUUUGAUAUGGAAAACUCAAAACCCAUGGACUGGUCUAAGAGGCCAGUUUUAUGAUCAUCUCCACGACCAAACAGCAGGAUUCUACGGUUGCCGCUCUGCGGCAGAACCAAUUCAUGUUCAGCUUAAUCUGGCUAAAUAUUCUAUAGAGGUUGUGAACACUACGUCAGAGGAACUUUCUAACGUUGCUAUAGAAGCCUCAGUUUGGGAUUUGGAAGGCGAAUGUCCAUACUAUAAAACCUCUGAAAAACUUACUGUGCCACCCAAAAAAACUCUAUCUACGUUUGAGAUGAAGUAUCCUAAGUCAAAGAAUCCAAAGCCAGUUUACUUUCUUCUUCUCAAACUCUAUGAUGUGUCCGAUUAUCGCAUAUACUCUAGGAACUUUUACUGGUUGCACCUUUCCGGUGGUGAUUACAAGCUGUUGGAACCAUUCAGGGAGAAAAGACCACCCCUCAAGAUAACUUCGCUAACCUUUAUAAAAGGAUCGACCUAUGAAAUGCACAUGCAUAUCCAGAACACAUCAAAGAAGCCAGAUUCUAACACUCCACUGUAUAGAAAUAACUUCAUCAGAAGAAAUGGUAGCUGUGAUGAAUCGGAUUCAUCAGAACCUUUUCACCUUUUGGAUGGGGAGAAACAUGAAAUCAAUUUGUACGAGAAGAUUAGGAGGAACCUUUCAAGGGAGCACAGCAAGGCGAAGGUUUCUGAAGUUAAUGGAACAGAAAAAGGAGUUGCUUUCUUUCUUCAUUUCUCUGUUCAUGCGUCAAAGAAGGAGCACAAGAAAGGUGAAGACACACGUAUCCUUCCUGUUCAUUACUCCGACAACUAUUUCUCACUGGUACCAGGUGAAGUGAUGACAGUAACCAUUUCCUUUGAGGUACCUCCCGGUGUCACUCCACGGGUCACACUGCAUGGCUGGAACCACCACAGUGGGCAUACCAUUCCUUAAGCCAAUCAUCUCGCCACCCAAGUAGGGAAGUUGUAAAAUUGUAGUAGUUCAUGUCAUCUUUAGUGCUAGAUGUCACAGUGUUUUCAAGUAGAACGCCCUAAGUCAUUUGAAGCAAGACGCAACACUCUUUUGGUGCCUUGUUCAGUUCACCCUUUUAACACUGUAAAACAGGUGGUUCCGAGGAUACGAGUCUGGAAAUAAGAGCUCUAGUGCUUGUAGAAAACAGUUCUGCUAUGUAGUGUAGGAGUUCUGACAUUCAUGCCAUUUUAAUCAAUAAAAUUGUUGUAACUUCCAUUUAAUGCUA